AUGGCAGGCGUGAUAGCUUCCCUCUUUUAUGGAGUUAUUGCUUCCUGCAUGAGUUUGGUGGUGCUUGCCUUUGUAGAGGACCUCGACGACACAUUCAAAGACACCAGAGUGAAUGACGUCUGGCUCGUCGAUUUCUACGCGCCAUGGUGCGGACACUGUAAAAAGCUGGAACCGGUGUGGCAUGAUGUAGGUGCUGAGCUGAAGCUGUCCGGGUCCCCGGUUCGCGUUGGCAAGAUGGACGCCACAGCGUACUCGGGAAUGGCGUCAGAAUUUGGUGUGCGCGGAUACCCAACGAUAAAACUGUUGAAGGGGGAUCUGGCCUAUAAUUACAAGGGGCCAAGAACUAAAGACGACAUUGUGGAAUUUACCAAUAGGGUGGCAGGGCCAGCCGUCCGAGGCCUCCCCAGCAACGAAAUGUUCGAACACAUUUUGAAGCGACACGCCGUUCUCUUUGUGUAUGUCGGCAGCGAGUCGCCCCUCAAAGAGAAGUACAACGACGUUGCCGCCGAGCUCAUCGUCUACACGUAUUUCUUCUCCGCGUCAGAGAACGUGCUGCCAGAGUCUGUAACCUUGCCGGAGCUGCCUGCGGUUAUCGUGUUCAAAGAUGACGCCUAUUUCACCUACGAUGAGUACGCGGACGGUAGCCUGAGCAGCUGGGUCAACAGGGAGCGCUUCCAAGGUUACCUGCAGAUCGACGGCUUCACGCUGUACGAACUCGGGGAAACAGGCAAACUGGUGGCGAUCGCAAUCAUCGAUGAGAAGGACCCCACAGAGAAGAGUGGCAGAUUAAAAGCGUUGAUUCAGACUGUUGCCAAGGAAUACAGAGAGCACUUUAGCAGAGACUUCCAGUUUGGCCACAUGGACGGGAACGACUACAUCAACAGCCUCAUCAUGGGCGAGGUGGCAGUGCCCUCUAUUAUCAUCCUCAACACAGCCAACGAGCAGUACUUCCUCCCGAGCCAGCCGACCGAGACCGUGGAGCAGGUGGUCCAGUUCAUCAGCGGUGUUCUGAACGGUUCCGUGCCGGCACUCGGAGGUGACGGCUUCAUCCAGAGAGUCAAACGGGUGGUGUUUGAUGCCAGAUCCACCAUUAUGUCGGUGUUUCGCAUCUCACCUUUGUUGGGCUGCUUCCUGUUUGGCCUGCCACUUGGCGUUAUCAGCCUCAUGUGCUACGGCAUCUGCACAGCAGAGACGGACGACGGCUCUGAUGACGUCGACGCCAUCAGGCGGGAGGGUUUGACUGACGAGGAGGAGGAGGAUGAAGGAGAAGGUGAGGAGGAAGAGGAAGAAGAAGCGGAGGAAGAGAGAGACGAAGAACCCGAGGAUGAGGUAGUGGUAGAGAAGGAUCCAGAAGAGAAGAAAACGGAUUAA